UUUAAAGUUAAAUUAGUUGCAUGAAUGAAUCCGACAUAAUAGAUGGAAUUGAUUCCGCAGAGAUCAGAUGGAGUAGUAGUAAGGGGAUACUUUGUAUUAACAAUGUUUUUUUCAGUUGUGAAGUUGAUAUUUGAUAAGUCAUUCAUUUUUUCUUAAAUAAGUUCUUUACUUCUCUUUACUAUUUAAUUAAGCCUCUACUUAGAACUUUACUCCAUUUACUUAUAGAAUGAAUUAUACUGAUGUACUGAGUGAUAAUAAGGAGAAUCCUCAAACUCCUAGUAGAUUAAAUAAAAGAAAAUCUUAUUCAAUCUUAACUCCAGUAUCAAACGUAUCAUACUCACCCAAUAUGAAAACUUUAACUCAAACUAAAUCAGAUAAGGAAAGAAUCAUCAGUGAAUCUACGGGAUUAGUUAAGUUUGCUUUAUCAUCCAAUUCUUCUCCAAUUAGAUCUACUAAUUCAACUAAUCCUUCUAGUCCUAGAAAAUUAGGAUUACCAGUUUAUAUACCUAUUUCAGAUAAGAAUGAAGAAAAUUCUCCAAUUAAAUCAGACUCCAAUAACGGACCCAACUAUCUUGAACUUGAACAACAAUUACUCCAACAAUAUCAGGAUAAACAAAAAGAAUUAUUGCAUCAUGAAAAACAAGUCCAAGUAAUUAAAUUCGAAUUAUUGGAAUUAUCUACUAAAUUAGAAAAUUGUAAAAGAGAAGAAAAGAUUCAACAAUUAAAGAAUGAUAAUCUUGCUAAUAAUGCAGAUAUAUAUAAACAAGUGCAUUUACAAACUAAUCAACAACUUAAUCAAAUUAGAAUUGUGAAGUCUCCACCAACCCUGCCUACCAAAUAUAAUGAAAGCAAAUUUCCUAGCAUUGAUACUUUGAAGAAGAAAGCUUCCUUUAUAGUAGAUAAGAACCUCUCAGCCAAUUUCAAAAAUGAAAUUGAAUCUGUUUCAAGAAUGUUCAAUUCAAAUAUUAAUAUCAAUAAUACCAAAGGAUUAUCUCCAAUAAUGCCUACACCCAAUGAAUUAAGUCAUAAAACAUCUAAAUUUUUUAAUGAAGUAUUAGAAAACUUAUCACCAAAGAAGACAAAUGAGAAUUUCAAUAAAUUAAAUGAUUCUUUCAAUAAUACCAUAAAUAGUAUUUCCAAGAAUAUCUUAGCCAAAAGUUUCAUAUCAAAGGAGUCAAGUGAAGAAGAUUUGAUCAAUAGUUCAUUCAACUUCGACAAUCUUUCUUUCGAUAAUAGUCAUCAUGUAGAUCACUUAAAUGUUAUUUAUGAAAAUAGCGAUGUUUCUGAACAAAGUGAUAUUGUUGAUAUUGAUGAUUACAAUAGCAGUUUUGAAGAAUAAUUUCAUUUAAUUAUAAUUGUCUAUCAUCUACAUAAACAUAUAUACUUAGGU